AUGGAGUUUGGGUUGGCCUUCUUUCAAGCAAUUGAUGCGAGUAGUCUUGUGCCGGUCCCACUCAUAUUUGUCAUAGCUGAGCUUCUGGGUGCAGUGUUCCUAAUUGUUUGUCUUGGCGUCUUGCUGCGCGUUGUGCCACCGUGCUGGGAGAGACACAAGCCGGCACUGACGCAAAAGUGGCUAUUGCACGGCAGUGCCACUCGCAUCAGGCUCGCUCCCAAGAAGGACUGUGGGGUGACCGUCGUGAAGGGUGCUGCCCCACCGCAACCAACUUUGACGGGUGCCAAGGAGCCUGUGGCGCCGUCGGGGGAGUCCAUGUCCUCAGUGAAGAAGCGUGUGGAGGCAACGGUUUCCGUGAGUGAUGAAACCUCACUCGACAAUUACAUUGACACGUUUUUUUCGGAGGCACAGCUGCUCGAUGACGCCCUCUUAAGCACAGUCUUGAGUGACGCGACCGCGGCUCCGACGAGGGCGGCUAGCGGAGGCUUUAGAGCAGCAGCAGCAGCGAGAGGCCGAAUGUGGGACUUUGGCGAUGGUGAUUAA